AUGAAGAUCUGGGCUUUCCUGAUAACGCUCAGUUUUCUGGGCCACGUGACAAGCCAGGGAACCAACGACAACCAGACCGAGGCCGAAGAGUUCCUGGAGUCGUUCAACUCAGCAGCCGGGAAACAGCAGAACAUCCUGUCGCAGAAACAAUGGAACCUGGACACCAACAUCACCGACUUCAACGAGGAACAGCUGGUCAAACAGCAAUCGAUCGCGGCACAGUUCGACAAGGAUAUGCGAGCUGAGGCCCUACAGUUUAACUCCUCGGCCAUGUCGGCCGAUGUCCAGCGUCAACUGGGCAAGAUCACGGACAUUGGCACCUCGGCUCAACCCAACGCCACCAAAGUUGAGGAGCUGGCGACUGUCCUGGCAGAAAUGCAGUCCAUUUAUGGAAAGGCAAAAGUUUGUUUGACACCGGACAUCUGUUUACCCCUGGAACCGGAUAUCACUCGUUUCCUGGCACAGUCACGUGACUACGACACACUUGAAACUCUGUGGGUUGGCUGGAGAAACGAGACAGGUCGCAAGAUGAAAGAUCUAUACACAAAAUUUGUGCAGCUUAGUAAUGAGGCUGUCCAAUACUUAGGAUAUCAAGACACGGGAGAAGAAUGGCGGUCAGCCUAUGAAUCAGACACCUUUGUGGCUGACGUCCAGGAUCUCUUCGACCAGUUGAGACCCCUCUAUGAACAGUUGCACGCCUACGUGAGAAGGCGUCUGAGGCAAGUCUACGGGGAGAGCCGGUUCCCUGCGUCAGGACAUAUCCCCGCUCAUCUUCUAGGUAACAUGUGGGCUCAGGAGUGGGGCAACGUUGUGGAGCUAGUCAAGCCUUUCGCCAACAAGACUUCUAUGGAUGUCACACCUGAGAUGGUCAGACAGAAAUACACGGUGGACAAGAUUUUUCGUACCGCCGAGGAUUUCUUCGUGUCCCUGGGGUUUGACAAGAUGGUGCCCAGUUUCUGGACACUGUCCAUGCUGGAGAAGCCCAACGAUGGACGUGAGGUUGUGUGCCACGCUUCAGCCUGGGACUUCUAUAAUCAGAAGGAUUUUAGAAUCAAGAUGUGCACGGAUAUCACCCAGGACGAUCUGAUGACAGUCCACCAUGAGAUGGGCCAUGUUGCGUAUUUCAUGCAGUACAAGAACCAACCGGUUAUCUAUCGUGAUGGGGCCAACCCGGGUAACCAUUGCAUGCACAUAGAUUAG